AUGCGUCGACUGGGGGCAAUCAAGGCCAGCCAUAAAUUUCCAUUUGCAUACCAAAAUAGCUUUCCUACGCCGGUUUGUCGAAAAUUCCACACUAUUCAAGGACAAAUUAAGGGGAGCAUCGACGCUACCCCCGAAAUGAGCUAUACGAAACGAGUACCACGAGAUCUCAACGACGAACUACAGACCUUCCGAAAUGGCAGCCCCGAAGGCAGAUACCGCAUUUAUACGGGGAUAUUUAGCUGGCUCUGCGAGCUCUUGUUAUCGACAGAGGUCAAAGAGAACGAGGCGCACAAGAAGUCACUGCUGGGCAUGUGCUUGCGCAAGAUUCCCGCAUGUGUCGACGACAUCGAAAGGUGGGAUCGGGAGACGUCCCAAGACAAAGUAACAAGCUCCCUGAAUGGGACCAUAAGUGUAUCUCUAGAGAUAUACGGGCAGCUGGAAGAGUUUGGGGCCGCCGGCUUGGGAUGGCGUCCUCUCAAGCAGACGGUACGGGCGCACGGGAUGUCGCUUCUGAAAAAGGCUGUCGCCGAGGGCCUGUUCGACGCCUCAUUCGUUGGACUACUCAAAUCGGGGGGCUGUGUUUGGCUGCGUGUCAGGAUAUCUCAGAGAAAAACACCUUCCCGCUACUUGGAUAUGUUCGAGGGCCUAUUCUGCAGUCCUGACUUCGGCCGUCGAGAGCAUCAGUCAGGAAAGAACGUGUGGCCCCGUCGCUGUGGAGCUUUUGAGAACGACGACGGAAAUGCUUGCCAAUGA